AGGUACCUACUGUAGAAUGAGGUAGAGUUAUAUAGAAGUAGAUACUGUAGAAUGAGUUAGAGGUAGAGUUUUAUAGAGGUACCUACUGUAGAAUGAGUUAAAGGUAGAGUUGUAUAGAGGUACCUACUGUAGAAUGAGGUAGAGAUAGAGUUAUAUAGAAGUAGAUACUGUAGAAUGAGUUAGAGGUAGAGUUAUAUAGAAGUAGAUAUUGUAGAAUGAGGUAGAGUUAUAUAGAGGCAGAUACUGUAGAAUGAGGUAGAGUUAUAUAGAAGUAGAUACUGUAGAAUGAGGUAGAGUUAUGUAGAGGUACCUACUGUAGAAUGAGGUAGAGGUAGAUACUGUAGAAUGAGGUAGAUAUAGAGUUAUAUAGAAGUAGAUACUGUAGAAUGAGGUAGAGGUAGAUACUGUAGAAUGAGGUAGAUAUAGAGCUAUAUAGAAGUAGAUACUGUAGAAUGAGGUAGAGUUAUAUGGAGGUAGAUAAUGUAGAAUGAGGUAGAUAUAGAGUUAUAUAGAAGUAGAUACUGUAGAAUGAGGUAGAGGUAGAUACUGUAGAAUGAGUUGGCUACAGUUAAAGGUAAGCCGAGGUUGGCUGAGAUGGCUGGGGGGAUGUAGCUACAGUUAAAGGUAAACAUACCUCAGAGCCUGUCACUUUACUCUACUCUGCACUUCCUCAUUUUGUCAGGGUUGUUGUUGACAUUUUCACUUUUGCAAUCUUUCUCUGUCUUUUAAAAUCUCGUCUGCCUUUCAUACUCUACCUGUCUAUGUUUCACGCUACUAGACUGUUUCUCCUCUCCUGAUUCUCAGCAUAUUGUCAACUUCUGCUCUGAAACUCUUUGUCUAACAGUGCUAUCAUACUAUCCCCCCACCCUUCCGCUCUAUCUUUUUCUGCCUUUCUCUCUCUCUCGCUCUCACACUGCCUACUCCUCUCUCUCUCUCUCUCUCUCUCUCUCUCUCUCUCUCUCUCUCUCUCUCUCUCUCUCUCUCUCUCCUUGUUCUCUAAUUUGCAUGAGUGCUGCUGGCUACAGGCGGUGUGUUUCCUCAUCUCAGUAGCAGUUCCUCAGUUAGACCUGAUCAAACAGACUACAGAGAGGAGCACAACAGAACCAGUUUGUCUCUAAUACCUGAUCUAACAAACUACAGAGAUGUGCAUAACAGAACAGCACAGAACAGAUCAGCUCCUCUGAAAAGCACCAUCACUGGAGAGAGAGAGUUAGCUCUGGAGGAAGAUCUGUUGAUACAGAACCCUGGACUGAUACCUUCACCUAGCUCUGGAGGAAGACCUGUUGAUACAGAACCCUGGACUGAUACCUUCACCUAGCUCUGGAGGAAGACCUGUUGAUACAGAACCCUGGACUGAUACCUUCACCUAGCUCUGGAGGAAGACCUGUUGAUACAGAACCCUGGACUGAUACCUUCACCUAGCUCUGGAGGAAGAUCUGUUGAUACAGAACCCUGGACUGAUACCUUCACCUAGCUCUGGAGGAAGAUCUGUUGAUACAGAACCCUGGACUGAUACCUUCACCUAGCUCUGGAGGAAGAUCUGUUGAUACAGAACCCUGGACUGAUACCUUCACCUAGCUCUGGAGGAAGAUCUGUUGAUACAGAACCCUGGACUGAUACCUUCACCUAGCUCUGUAGGAAGAUCUGUUGAUACAGAACCCUGGACUGAUACCUUCACCUAGCUCUGGAGGAAGAUCUGUUGAUACAGAACCCUGGACUGAUACCUUCACCUAGCUCUGGAGGAAGAUCUGUUGAUACAGAACCCUGGACUGAUACCUUCACCUAGCUCUGGAGGAAGAUCUGUUGAUACAGAACCCUGGACUGAUACCUUCACCUAGCUCUGGAGGAAGAUCUGUUGAUACAGAACCCUGGACUGAUACCUUCACCUAGCUCUGGAGGAAGAUCUGUUGAUACAGAACCCUGGACUGAUACCUUCACCUAGCUCUGGAGGAAGAUCUGUUGAUACAGAACCCUGGACUGAUACCUUCACCUAGCUCUGGAGGAAGACUGUUUAUACAGAACCCUGACUCUGUUCUGCUGAGCGUCUACAGGACCUGGAAUGUGAACUGAGGCAGAAGACAAAGACAGUAACAGCAACGUGGACAGAGGCAGAAAACAGAGACAGUAACAGCAACGUGGACAGAGGCAGAAAACAGAGACAGUAACAGCAACGUGGACAGAGGCAGAAAACAGAGACAGUAACAGCAACGUGGACAGAGGCAGAAAACAGAGACAGUAACAGCAACGUGGACAGAGGCAGAAAACAGAGACAGUAACAGCAACGUGGACAGAGGCAGAAAACAGAGACACUAACAGCAACAAGAACAGAGGGAUAACUAUAAUAGAACUGCAGCCCAGAGAACCUCAGUGUAUGGGUAAUUAAACAACAGACCUUGUGUCAGAACAUUGGCAGUGCUGUUACCAUGGAGACUGGCAAGCGAGGCUUGGUGAAUGUGAUAACGCCUGGCAGCAGCUCCGUGUCAGAGCAGAGAGAGAACAGCAUCAACAACAGCAUGCCACUCCGGGCUCCUCUAACCACCUUGUUCCUCCACACAGUGCCAGGCCUUUCUUCACACCCCCAGGCUCAGCCAGCUGCCUCCUUGGACUCCACGACCCUUCGUCUGUCCAUCCCUCAGCAGGGCUCCACAGACUCCCUACCCUUCCUGACUCUCCACCUACCAGCCAGGCUGCAGCUGCACCAGCAGGCCCCACAAUCAGGCCUGGGGGCGCAUGUGUCCCUGAGGGCCUCUGUGUCUGCAGCCAGACCCUCUAGGUCCGCUGGGAAGCACCUGUGUCCUCACUGCGGCCGGGACUGCAUGAAGCCCAGUGUCCUGGAGAAACACCUGCGCUGCCACACCGGGGAGCGGCCCUACCCCUGCACCACCUGCGGCAUCUCUUUCAAGACCCAGAGCAACCUCUAUAAGCACCGCCGCACACAGGCCCACGCACGCCUCAGCUCCGGGUCAGGGCAGAGGUCGCUCGGAUCUCUGGGCAGUUUACAAGGUCACUCCUCCCUGAGCAGCAUGGACACUCUGCAGGGACACCAAGCCAGUCUGCAAGGUCACUCAUCCCUGGGAUCGAUGGACAGUCUGGGCAGUCUACAGGGCAAUUCCUCAGUGAGCAGCUUGGACAGUCUACAGGGCUAUUCCUCCCUGGGAAGUCAGGACAGUCUGCAGGGACACCGUCUGCAAGGUCUCCAGGACAGUCUAUUCAGUUUACAGGGUUCCAGGGAUACACUCACCUCCAGCCCCUCUCUAGAUACCCUCAGCCAGGACCCAGGUAGUCUGGAGAAUGGCAGCUCUCUCUCUGCUACCACCACCCUCUCCCCCAGCCCUGGCCAGAGGAGUGGGACAGAAACAGGUAGAGACACAGACAGAGACACAGGCUGGGCCCUGCAGCAGGCUGGGUUAGAGGGUCUCCUCCUGGCUGCUGGGGGGAGCCAGAGUAUAGAGUUAUCCAAGAGGAGGAGAGAAGCGGAGGAUACGAGGGAUGAACUGAGAGAGAGCAGGAAGGAUAAAGAUAGAGAGAAGUCAGUGUUGACCCUGUCCCGCCACCUCCCGCUGCGGAGACAGCAGGCUGCCAUCUUGUCUCAGUGGGAGGGUUCUCUGGCUAGGGGGAUGGCCCAGAACCAAGACAACUUCCUGUCUAGAGGGAAGUCCCAGAGCCACGACAGCACAGACUCCGGCUACAGCGAGACCUCCAGCCCUGGGUCUGGACCAUACAACCCUGGGUCUGGACCACACAACCACAACCCUGGGUCUGAACUACACAACCACAAUCCUGUGUCUGGACUACACAACCCUGUGUCUGGACCACACAACCACAACCCUGGGUCUGGACCACACAACCCUGGGUCUGGACCACACAACCACAACCCUGGGUCUGGACCCCACAACCCUGGGUCUGGACUACACAACCACAACCCUGGGUCUGGACCACAAAGCCACAACCCUGGGUUUGGACCACACAGCCCUGGGUCUGGACCACACAACCCUGGGUCUGGACCACACAAUCCUAGGUCUGGACCACACAACCACAGCAUGGAGUCAGUGGCAGAGUCUAGUAUGGAGAUACACGACCAGCAGGACACCUUCCACACACAGCCUGAUCAAACUAACACCACACACACACAUACACUCACACAGCCUUCACACACACCCACACAGCUAAACGCCACACACACACCCACACAGCCAGAACUCACCGUGUCUCAGCCCAGGAGCACAGUUUCAGUCCAGGCCCAGCAGAGUCUUGAAGAGAGAAUCUCCAAGCUGAUCUCAGAGAACGAUGCAGUGGUGGAGGACAAACACCUGAACACAGUCCGACCCAGGAAGACCCUCUUGUCCAAACAGGGCAGCAUCGACCUGCCAAUGCCCUACACCUACAAAGAUUCCUUCCACUUCGAUAUGAAGACCAGCAACAGGCCUCCUACAGCCAGCGCUGGGAUGGCCUGGCAGAGAGGGGACAGGGGAGGAGGGUGGCCAGGUCUGUAUAGUUCGGUACCUACCCAGACCUCUACCAGCCUGGAGCAGGGGCAUCAUGCCCCCCUGACCCGUAGUAGCUCCCUGCCUCACUGUGUGAGCCUUCAGGGUACAGUCAGAGCCAGCUCGGCCUCUCCUCACAACCCCCAUCCUCACCAAAGAGACUGGCUAUACCUGGGCCGUAAGGGCAGCUCUGGACUACUUUACCCAGUAGGCUUUGCCACCAAGUCUGUUGACCGUCGCGCAUCAGGCCACCGCAUGCUGGUCAGACAGGCGGCCGUGGACAACCUCCCGACGGACGGACCAUUGACGUUAGCAGUCGGCGACAAUGUCAUUCCCUGCGGUCUUGGCUCAGAUGGAGACGGAGGCGUGGAUGGAGAGCUGAGUAGAAAGAGUGGUAGGAAGAAGUCCCAGAAGUUUGCCUACAGUAAGUGGUACAAGUAUGGAGGAGGAGGAGGAGGGACGUUCACAAAGCUCUACAGCCCAGAGAAGGCAGCUGAUCCUGGUGUGUUGAAGGCUAAAAGGUUAUUAGCUGGUCUGGAGCCAGAGAGGGUCCUGGGGGUUCAGAGAGGCCCAGCAGUAAGCAGAGACCUGGUGACAUCACUGGUCUCAAGUAGUGCCACUGUGUGUCUUCCAUCCUGUCUCCAAGACAACCUUUCACCUGUCAAUCAUGUCCACUCAUAUCGAAUGCCCAGUCAUCUCCAUAACACACCCACUUCCUGUCUCACACCCAGUUAUCUCCACACCACACCCACUUCCUGUCUCACACUGAGUCAUCUCCAUACUACACCCACUUCCUGUCUCACACCCAGUCACCUCCAUACCACACACACAUCCUGUCUCACACCAAGUCAUCUCCAUACCACACACACUUCCUGUCUCACACCGAGUCAUCUCCAUACCACACCCACUUCCUGUCUCACACCCAGUCACCUCCAUACCACACACACAUCCUGUCUCACACCAAGUCAUCUCCAUACCACACCCACUUCCUGUCUCACACCGAGUCAUCUCCAUACCACACCCACUUCCUGUCUCAAACCCAGUCAUCUCCACACCACACCCACUUCCUGUCUCACACCUGGUCAUCUUCAUACCACACCCACUUCCUCUCUCAAACAUCCCCUCCAGAGAACCCAGUCAGUCUCAAAAGAAGUGUUUUCUAACAGGACUGACUGUGUGUCUAUGACAGUGACCCACCAGGAGAAACACACCAACUGUGUGUCUCAACGAUGUGGAAGCCAUGUUCCCUCAGAGAGGAAGAAGCAGAAGAUUGAGAAUAACGUCUGUCUUCUGGAGGGAGGAGGAGGCCUACACAGCAGCAAUAAACUGAACCAACUCUCAUCCUCAGUCAGAAGUGGGAUAGCCAAGCCCUCCUCCUCCUCUGAUUCAGCCAAGACCAGUUUCCUCCCUAAGUACCAGUUGAGGCUUCCUACAGACUCAGGGCCUACGGGCCUCACCCAAACACAACCUAGAGGCCCUGUCAGGGUUUCAUCAGUCACAGGCGUAGGACAGGGUCAGGGCAGGUUUGCUACACCUGUGACAGCUCUAGAUCAAAGCCAGUCUGCUACACCUGUGACAGCUCUAGAUCAAAGCCAGUCUGCUACACCUGUGACAGCUCUAGUUCAAAGCCAGUCUGCUACACCUGUGACAGCUCUAGUUCAAAGCCAGUCUGCUACACCUGUGACAGCUCUAGUUCAAAGCCAGUCUGCUACACCUGUGACAGCUCUAGAUCAAAGCCAGUCUGCUACACCUGUGACAGCUCUAGUUCAAAGCCAGUCUGCUACACCUGUGACAGCUCUAGUUCAAAGCCAGUCUGCUACACCUGUGACAGCUCUAGAUCAAAGCCAGUCUGCUACACCUGUGACAGCUCUAGUUCAAAGCCAGUCUGCUACACCUGUGACAGCUCUAGAUCAAAGCCAGUUUGCUACACCUGUGACAGCUCUAGAUCAAAGCCAGUUUGCUACCAUCACAGCCACAGCGGUGAAGCAAUCUGCCACACCACCCACAGCCUUAGUACAGAGCAUGCCCUGGAAAACAUCAGUACAUGGUCAGUGCCCUACAGCCAACACCACUUCCACAACAACCCUCCACCCUGCUCUCACAGUAGCAGACCAUGUCAACCCUCUAACUUAUGUUACAACAGAGGUUAACCCUCCGUGUCAUACGAUAGCAGCUUUAGCAUGCCAUACCAUACCAUUCACUAAAACACAGUCAUCACCAUACCAUACAUCAGUAGCAUACCCUGCUAUACCAUUCACUGUUAGUCACAGCAGCCAGUCAGAGGGUCAGAAAGUGUUCCACGUGAGGACAGCGGACCUCCACAUCUGUCUCCAGCUCAUCUCAGACGAACAGCUGGCGCUCAUACAGCCUCAGAUAGAACGACAGGAUACAACAUCAGAGCCUCAGAUAGAGAAACAGGAUAUGACAUCAGAGACAGGGCCUUCUCAUGGUGGCGUCCAUGGAGCGAUGGGAGUAGCGGUGGAUCCACUAGGAACCACAAUGAAGAAGGAAGCGCUCCAAACCAGCUCAUGUAUUCUACCUGACGCUGAAACACAGGGGGGGACAGCAAAGCAUGUGACACAGGAAGUCACUGGAACUUUGGAUCCAGUAGAACCUUCUUCAUCACAACAUGAGAACAACAGAGGUUUCUCUGGCGAUAAAGAGUGGCAGCAUUCAGCAGCAGUAUGUUGUCAUGACCUGGACCAUCCCUCAACAGACACCCUCUGUAGUCCUGGAACUCCUCUCACUCAGACGGACAGAUCAGACAUGACGGAAGCUGCUCCUCUAACCAACACAGAGCAGAACCUGUCUCGUAAUGGCUAUGUUUCACUUGAACCACCUGACCCAGGACUAUCUUUCCAGAACCACCCAGACACCAACACCGUCCUAGAGACUACAGGACUAUCUUUCCAGAACCACCCAGACACCAACACCGUCCUAGAGACUACUGGACUAUCUUUCCAGAACCACCCAGACACCAACACCGUCCUAGAGACUACUGGACUAUCUUUCCAGAACCACCCAGACACCAACACCGUCCUAGAGACUACUGGACUAUCUUUCCAGAACCACCCAGACACCAACACCGUCCCUAGAGACUACUGGACUAUCUUUCCAGAACCACCCAGACACCAACACCGUCCUAGAGACUACUGGACUAUCUUUCCAGAACCACCCAGACACCAACACCGUCCUAGAGACUACUGGACUAUCUUUCCAGAACCACCCAGACACCAACACCGUCCUAGAGACUACAGGAGUAUUUCCUCAGAACCACCCAGACUCCAACACCUUCCUAGAUACUACAGGGCUAUAUCCUCAGAACCACCCAUAUUCUGUCAACAUGACUCCAGCUCUGCCUCACAACCGGGGUGCCCAGUCUAG